CCAGUCUGCUGGCAGAGGCUCAGCGCUUAUUAUUGACUGCUCCGCUCUCCCACUACUGUCUCUGUCUUUAUUUUGAAUUAGUCGCACAUCUUUUAACUCUUCUUCAUGCUCAGCGUCACGGCGGAGCGCUCCUGUCAGGUCGACUGUGCGGACGGAUGGCCGGUGGCGAUCAUGGAGCACAAGCCGAGCAUCGAGUAUCACGACCUGGAGGCAGCGGAGGCGCUCGUCAGCAUGAGCUUCUGGGGCCAAAGGUCGCACAAGCCCCGCCCGCUGACCCCCACCUCCGACUCCUGUGACUCCAUCCAGCUCCACCCAGAGGGAGACACCCCCAAGGACCUCAUCGCCCUGUCGUCUCUGUGUAUGACUCCACCUCACAGUCCGAGCUUCGUUGAGGCCUCCACCACCGCUGUCCUCACCACCACAUGCGCUCUCAGCCCCGCCUCCAGACCGCUCCUACCCCACCCCGGUCUCACCAUCGGCCCCGCCCCGCUCCUCAGCGACUCCCACACCGGCUUCCCCCGACCCUCCUGCUCCGUCACCUCAGAGACCUCGGCGCUUCCACCUCUUCACACGGAGUCGUCCUCCGUGGCGCUGCCCGGCAGAGCGAUGGCCACCAGCGUCAUUCGCCACACGGCCGACAGCCUCGCCGUUCCCACCCCGCCUCCCCCCGCCGCCGCCGCCCCGCCAACAGAAACUUCCACGCUGCUGCUGCCGCCGCCACCACCCGAAACUCCAGAGAUACUUCAGGAGAGCGGGCCGCAGCAGGAUGGACCUCUUCCAUGUUUUCACAGCUUCGCCUCCUCUUUAUCUCCUCCUCAAUCCUCCACGCUGUCUUCCUCCUCUUCCUCUACGGUCUCCAGCUCUCCGGUCCUUUGCCAGGUGUUCCCGGUGAGCGGCCGGACGGGGAUGAUCUCCGCCUUCGUCCAGGCUCCGGUUCAGAUGCAGACUCAAGGGGGCCCCAAACCCAUCCUGCCCCAGGCUCCUUCCAGCUUCGCCCAGCCCCUCCUGGUGGGCUCCGCCAUGCCGCAGGGGACCGUGAUGUUCGUGGUCCCCCAGGGACCCUUGUCCCAGACGUCGCAGGGCCAGCAGACUGUCAUGACGCUGGGCAACACCAAGCUCCUCCCGCUGGCCCCGGCUCCGGUUUACAUGCCGUCCGGAGCGGGCGGCGGCGCCUCGCAGGCCGACUUCUCCCGCAGGCGAAACUACGUCUGCAACUUCCCCGGCUGCAAGAAGACGUACUUCAAGAGCUCGCACCUGAAGGCUCACCUGCGCACACACACAGGUGAGAAGCCGUUCAGCUGUCACUGGGAGGGCUGCGACAAGAAGUUCGCCCGCUCCGACGAGCUUUCCCGCCACCGCCGCACACACACCGGAGAGAAGAAGUUCGUCUGCAACGUGUGCGACCGGCGCUUCAUGCGCAGCGACCACCUGACGAAACACACCCGGCGACACAUGACCACCAAGAGGGCGUCGUCAUGGCCCGCCGAAACCUGCGACCUCAACAAAGUGGCCCUGCCGAAGGGCCCGAACAGAGGCCCCGUGCUUCCUGUCGGCGUGCUGGUUCCCGCAGCCAACUAACGGACUCAAUCAGGAGCCUACAGGGCCAACUCAGGACCCCGGGGUUUUUGGGGAGGGGGGAGGGGGGACGGCUGCUGGCCAGACACUUACAGGCUGAAGGAGACUGAUUGGAUCAGCUCCAGCAGCCACAUCAGGAGGCUUUUCUACAAAUCACACUCAGCUGCUGCACAAUUUCAGCUCCGACUACGUCUACACACCGACUCAGAAAAGGUUUACGGCUCUCAGAUUAACAAAUUAAUGGUUAAGAUUUUAAACAGUGAUUAAACAGGUUACUAUGGAAACCGACAACAGGGCUGAACAGGACGUUAGGUAGUUUCUUUAUAGCAGGAAGUGACUUUUUUCACCACACGUUCCACUUUAGCAACUUUCGAUGUUUCCAGUUCUCUUUUAUUCAUCCGUGAUCGUAUCGUAGUUACAUUUUCACUCAAGAUGGCCAAUAAGAAACGUAUUCUCUGUUUGGGGUCGUGGAACAUAUCAUGACAGGCAGUUUCUGUCUACGUCGUACAAAUCGUCUUAAUUAUCAAACGUGUAAUAUUUCUCUCUCGUAGAUUAUCAAUAACACGUAACAAGGCAUGUCCAAAAUAUCACGUCAAUACAGAACUCGUCUUUUAGUUUCUAAUUACGGGACAAUUCCGUAUUGUAAAGGACGAUUACGUAUUUUACGGGAUUCAUUUGUAUUUUACGAGAUUAAUUCGUAUUUUGCAGGAAUAUUUCAUAUUUUACGGGAUGAAUUCGUAUUUUGAGAGAGUAAUUCGUAUUUUACGAGAGUUCGUAUUUUACGAGAUUAAUUCGUAUUUUACGGGAUUAGUUCGUAUUUUACGAGAUUAAUUCGUAUUUUACGAGAUUAAUUCGUAUUUUACGGGAUUAGUUCGUAUUUUACGAGAUUGAUUCGUAUUUUACAGGAUUCAUUUGUAAUUUACGAGAUUAAUUCGUAUUUUACAGGAUUCAUUUGUAAUUUACGAGAUUAAUUCGUAUUUUACGGGACGGUUGCCAACCAUAUCUCAGACUCAGUUUGUCUGGCUAAGCUGGACUUUGACCAGAACGUAGAAGUUAGCGUGGUUAAAAUAUUAAAAAUGUAAACGUUAGCAAGUUGAGAUGUGGGAUAAGUUGGAAGAAAUCAAGAUCAACAAAUCUUGAGGUAAUUGUCUUAAAAAUGUUAUACGGUAAUACAUCCGACAAUUAUUAAGUUAUUUCAUUUCAUAUCAAAAAAUGUUACAAUAUACCGAACAACCUCUAUUAGCGUCUAUAGAAAUCUUAAAAAACUGUCCUUAAUCAAAACUAAACUAAUAAAUCUAGCUAACUAGCUUGCAGUUGUUAAUAAUAAUAAUACUAAUAAUAAUUAUUAAUUUAAUGAAAUGUGGAACAAUCACCAACGACCAAACCUUUGUAACAAAAUAUGAGCCACAGUUAUUCACAUUAUUAAGUUGUAAGUGUUUAAAUCUUAAUAACGUGAAUAACUGUUCGGUAUAACGCCCGCAGUUAUCUGAGUAAAGGUUGCGUAGACGUAGCCGGAGCCACCGAUCUAGGGAAGGAACAAGUUUCCCGCCCUGCUCAGGACAUUUUACUCUCAACUACAACCACCAACUCACCGGAGGAAGAAGAAAAAGAGGAAGAGGAGGAGGACAGGAAGGCGACAGGCUGCUAUUCACCCACGGACAGAAACCAACAAAAACCUGACAUUGCACUAGAUUUUUUUAAUCUUGCUUGUUUUUGUACUCUCUCUCCGUGUAUAAUCAUGUUUACUUCAUGUGUAUAUGUCACGUUUUAGCAAAUGUAUGCACUCUCUUUUUUUUACAUUUUCUUUUUUUAAUUUUUUGCCAAAGCCUCUGUAUCGUGCUUCUAUUAUUAGCCUACUUCAGUUCGUCUGUGACUGUAAAUAUUGUACAUAUAUUGAUAUCUAUAUGAAUGUUACGUGUAUUCCAAUCUGCAUUUAUUGACAGUACGAGUUAUUGAUAUUUUUAAAAUGUCAGUGGACAGUAUUCCUCACUGUGAUACUACCUACUAUCUUCUUUUUUUGCUUUACACAUUAUUAUUAUUAUUUAAUAAACAUUUGUUGAGGAAAAAAAAGUGCUGUUUUUUUUUUUCUUUCUUUCUUUUUGAUAGCUUGAUUUGGCCCAUAGUGUAGCCAGUAAGAAAAUACCUCAUGUUAUUAAAUGUUAUUCUUAAUAAUAACAGCUUAUAUCGAAAUAAUCCCAUUUCUGAACAUUUGCCUGUAAAGCGAUGGUGAAGAGUAUGGCUUUUAUAAUAAA